AUCCGUGUUGAGUUUCAUCAAUAUAUAACACUUGAUUAUAUCAACAAGUUAUUAAAGUGAUUUAUUUGGUUAUUAAUUAAUGAGAAUGUAUAUUGGAUCGGCUUACCGUGUUCUGUUUAUUAUUCUUUAUUCACUUAAAUCACAAGCUAACACAGCAUGCGUGCCAAAUGGCUACAUCGGGUGCUUUAUAGAUUCCGAUGACAGAGUUCUAAACGGAGCGAAAAAAGACUUCUACCCAAACAGUGGAGACAGAUGUAAAAGUUUUUGUAGAAAGCAUGGAUAUAGAUAUGCUGGAACUGAGAGCGGAGAAGAAUGUUUUUGUGGAAACAGGAUUAGGUUUAAGAGGCCAGCUCAUAACUGUAAUUACAAAUGUGAACGUAAUCCCUCGGAAUUCUGUGGUGGCGAUUGGCGGAUUUCUAUAUAUGACAAUUGGCAUAAACCACAAACAACAGUGCAAACAACAACAGAAACAACAACUCAAACAACAACAACUAUUACCGCUGUUAAUACGAAAACCAGUACCGCCUCCGGAAAGUCGACUGAGGGUACAAGCACAGAAUCAAUGAAAAAUGUAACAGAUAUUCCAUAUAUAAAACCCGAAGAUGAUCACAGUGAUUCAAUGAUUGUUAUGUAUGUUUUACUGCCUCUGGGUGUAAUUGUAAUAAUGAUUACAGCUGCUUUCGUCUUGAAACGAAGGCGCCAACGCAAGAAAGAAACCGUUUCGGAAAUAAUCUGUCACGGACCUGGUUCGACGCCAAACAUAUAUGCAAAUGUAAUAAAUGCUCCACAACGUAACCAGUUUGAACAAGAGGGUCAAUCUCAUAAUCAAUCUGGAGAAGAGUCAGCACGUUUGGGAAAGGAACUUGAUGUUAUCGAUGAAGACAGGAGAGGAAUUGUAGAACAAGAAAUGGAGGAGUAUAAUACUUUAACUUUACCAUCAAACAAUAGGACUGUACUUGAUAAUUCCUGUGAUCAUGUAGUCAAGCCAGCUAGUUAUGUUGACAAAACGUACUCUAAAUUGUCUGUCGUUCAGUUAAAUAGGGAACAUAUGUCUGUGGAUAACACAUACUCACAUAUUGAAAACGCUUCAGGACAAGACCAUGUCAGUGGCAUUGCAGAGAAAGAUGAUAACACAUACAACACACUGGAGUUAAGGGCCAAUCGAAAAGCAGAAGGAACUGGUGGCAGAAUUGAAGACUGUUCUUUUUAUGACCAUACCAAUACACGGCAGACAGACGAAAGAGUAGAAGAUUGCUAUUCGCAUAUGAACACUACUAUAGCACAUCCAAAUGAUGACGAUAAAAAGAGAAAUAUUGGAAUUGAAAACAUAUAUUACAAUGAAGAUGAAUACGCUACGGUUGAAAAGGUUUCGGAGAAUUAGCAAAUACUUAAAGCUGUAAUUCAUAUAUUUUACUGUUCAUUUUUGGAAACAUUGUUUUAAGCAAAUGGAUGUGAUUUACAGUGACAAACUUAAGACAAGAAGGAAACAACAACUUCUAAAGAUGUUAAAACAGUUAUGACAGAAUCUGCAAAACAUUUUUAUGUCAAAUGAAAUAUAUCUAUGCCUGUUAUUGAAAUAUGUAAAAUAAUUAAUGAUUUAAUAUUAGUAAGUAGCUGUAAUGACUAAUGACAAAGCAAUACACGUAUGCCCAGCCUCAAAACUAUCCAAGAAAGAAUACCAUGAAUAAAACUACUCGUCCCCCACUGCCCAAAGCAAGAAUGUUUUAAGCAUUGCAAAGAGAAUGACUUCAACUGUACAUAAAAUGAUAAAAAUGGCCAAAGGGAUAUAACUAUUAUUUAUAAUGAACAGACUGUCCAAGACUUGAUUAUUUCGUUAUGUACAUUAUAUUCACUCCCAAAUAAAUCAUUGCAAAAUAGUAGCAGAGUUUGUUCCUAGGCGAUAAUUAUAAUUUCACACUCUUCCUGCCCUUUAAAUACUAUAAAAGUGAAGGGUAAGUGAAAAUUGGUUUAAUGAUCAUUUAUGAUGUAAAAUUCGGUUAGCAGUUGUGUUUUCAAACAAAGAAUGACAAAACUUCAUUAAGGAAAAAGAAGUACCAUAGGGUGUUAUGAUCCUAGUACUGAGGUAAACUCUAGUAUAGUUAAUCAUAAUUAUGUGUACAGUCAGACAUUUAAUUAUCAGGAAGUUUUGUGUCGUCACAUUUUGAAAAAUAACUUCCCUUUAGGCAGUAACAACCAUAACAGUUGCACUAAUGAGUAACCGCUGAAUCACGAAUUUUCUUUCCCAAACAUAAAAAGGAUGGAUGACUAAAUGAGAACGUUAAAAGGAAUAUAUCAACUUUAAUAUGAAUUUGCCAACGCAUAUACCGAAACAUAAAUUGUGUAAUCUGAUUUUUUAUCAUGAAAUAUUGUCAGUAACAUUAGAUUUUAAAUUCCACAAUGUACUGUACGAAUAAAUAUUUAAAAUGUUA